AUGUUUGUAAAAGAUAAGGCUUCAGGGAAGAGAAAGAUGGAGGAACCUACACGAAGGCAGUCUGGGGGAAGAAUGGGAAAGGCUCUGAAAAUAUCAGGAAACUACGUGAUUCAGACUCAAUCAACAGAGAAGGAGAAAAGAACUUAUCAAAGGUGUGAGAAGUGCAAUAAACAGCAUGCCGGACGAUGUAUUAUCUGUCAAAAAUACAACAAAGGAGAUCACUAUGCCAAAGAUUGCAGGAGCACAGGAAGGCGGGCAUGUUUCGAGUGUGGAAGCCCAGAUCACUUUCGGAAUGCAUGUCCACGAUGGAACCAGAGACCGAACACUAACCAAGCACGACCAGCCAACCAAGGGAAUCAAGGAGGUCCGGCAAGAGGCCGAUUGUUUGAGAUUGGAGCUGAGGAAGCAAGGCAGAAUCCAGAUGUAGUUACAGGUACGUUUCUCUUAAAUAAUCAUUACGUAUCUGUACUAUUUGAUUCUGGAGCGGAUAGGAGUUUUGUGUCAUUAGAUUUUAGACCAAAAAUAAAUCUAAGACCUCAAAGGUUGAAAGAAGUAUACAUCAUUGAAUAUGCCAACGGUCAAGAGUGUAAGGCCAAAGACAUAAUAAUGGAUUGCACUUUAAACUUGACUAGUAGGGAUUUUCGUAUAGAUUUAAUCCCGAUCCAACUAGGAAGUUUUGACAUAAUUGUGGGCAUGGAUUGGUUAUCCAAGAAUCGAGCUGAAAUUAGUUGUUUCGAGAAGAUCGUUCGAAUUCCGUUACCCGAAGGAGGAAUACUCGAAGUACACAGAGAGAAACCCAAAAGGGGUAUUAAAAUAGUGACGUGUUUGAAGAUGCGAAAGUAUUUGAGAAAGGACUGCAUUGCCUUUCUAGCUCACGUUAUGGAUAAGAAAGCUGAAGAAAAACGCGUUCAAGAUAUUCUUAUAAUUCGGGAUUUUCCCGAAGUAUUCCCAGAUGAAUUGCCUGGAAUACCCUCACCAAGACAAGUUGAGUUCCACAUAGAACUAAUUCCCGCGGUUGCACCCAUGGCAAAAGCACCAUAUCGGUUAGCACCAUCUGAGAUGAAGGAGCUAUAUAGUAACUGUAGUGAGCUAGGUAGCCUAUCUAGGGCCGACAAUAGGCAGUCACUAGGCAGCUCUGAGGUUCAAAGUAGUCAAGGUCUUCCUCGGGAAGGUGAUCUUGAUAGAGUUACCAGUUGA